AUUUUGUAUAACCCCAUUUUACAACAAAGUUCUAGCUCUCCGAUUUUUACUUUCGAAGAGUAUUUUCUUAAUUUAAGUUUUAUUUUUUAUUUUUAUUUUUUCUCUUUUCUAAAGCCAUAUAUUCUAAUUUUGUUUCCUUCUUCUUCAUAAGCUGUUACUGUGCUUCAGUAGUAGUUGUAGUAUUUGUGAAAGAAAAAAAAAAAUCUUUUUUGACGCCGAUAAUAAUCAGUUUCAGUAUAAAAUAUAUAUAAAAAAUGAGCAUAUGUUCAUUGCCCUUUCCUUCCCCUCUCCCCCCUUUUUUCUUUUUUUUUGGGUUAAUCUACCUAGCAACAUGUCCAGCGCAUAUGGUAAAAUCCCUAAGCCUGAAAUAGCAGUUGAUCUAUGUACCAUUUUACCCAUUCAUAAAACACUCCGAGAUGGUACAGAAUGUGUUAUUCAACAAGUAGAUACUAAUAAUAAGUCGCUUGUUGAUUUCCUUCAUGCCCAGUUUAAUCAAGAAAUUGAAGCAGGCUCAACUUAUCCUCAAGAAAAUCCAUUAGACGAACAACAAUUCAAAGAUUACUUUUUAGGCUAUGACGCCUUUGUUAUGUCUAAAGAUGGUUUAAUUGAUCCCAAAGUAACUACUUAUAAUUGGGACGAUAAAAUUGUUGGUAUGUUCUAUAUCAAGCCUAAUUAUCCUGGUAGAAGUUCUCAUAUUUGUAACGGUGGAUUUGUUGUUAUGAAGAAUUAUCGAGGAAAAGGUGCUGGCGUUGUUAUGGGUGAAGCCUUUAAAGUAUUGGUUCCUGCUCUUGGUUACAAAGCUUCUGUCUUUAAUUUAGUUUUCGCAAAUAAUAUUGCUUCCAUUGCUAUCUGGAGAAAACUAGGUUUUCAAGAAAUUGGCCGUGUUCCAAAAGCGGGUCGAUUAAGAAAUAAUCCAAAUGAAUUAGUAGAUGCAAUUAUAUUUUAUUAUGAUUUUACAAAAUAAAAAAAAAAACAAUCAAAAGUUCAUUAGAAAAGAAAAAACACUAUUUUCUUCUUUUUUUUUUUUGUUUUCGUUUAUU